GAAGAAACGAUCAAAGGUCACGUAAACGACGCGCCCCGCCCCGUUCUGUACGCCUAAGUUCUCGCGCGAGUUGUACUUCCGCCCUUUUGGCUCUCUGAGCACCACCAUGGCGGUCGGCAAGAACAAGCGCCUUACGAAAGGCGGCAAAAAGGGAGCCAAGAAGAAAGUGGUGGACCCAUUUUCUAAGAAAGAUUGGUAUGAUGUGAAGGCACCUGCUAUGUUCAACAUACGAAAUAUUGGGAAAACACUGGUCACGAGGACCCAAGGAACCAAAAUUGCGUCUGAUGGACUCAAGGGGCGUGUUUUUGAAGUGAGUCUUGCUGACCUGCAGAACGAUGAAGUUGCAUUUAGAAAAUUCAAACUGAUUACGGAGGAUGUUCAGGGCAAAAACUGCCUGACUAACUUCCACGGCAUGGAUCUUACCCGGGACAAAAUGUGCUCCAUGGUCAAAAAAUGGCAGACCAUGAUUGAAGCUCAUGUUGAUGUCAAGACUACCGACGGCUAUUUGCUUCGUCUGUUCUGUGUUGGUUUUACCAAAAAACGCAACAAUCAGAUACGGAAGACUUCCUAUGCUCAGCACCAGCAGGUCCGCCAGAUCCGGAAGAAGAUGAUGGAAAUCAUGACACGGGAGGUGCAAACAAAUGACUUGAAAGAAGUAGUCAAUAAAUUGAUCCCAGACAGCAUUGGGAAAGACAUAGAGAAGGCUUGCCAAUCUAUUUAUCCUCUCCAUGAUGUCUUCGUUAGAAAAGUGAAGAUGCUGAAGAAGCCCAAGUUUGAAUUGGGAAAACUCAUGGAGCUUCACGGAGAAGGUAGCAGUUCUGGAAAAGCCACUGGGGAUGAGACGGGUGCAAAAGUUGAACGAGCUGAUGGCUACGAACCACCCGUCCAAGAAUCUGUUUAAAAAUUAGACUUUAAUAGUGACAAAUAAAAUGUCCUAUUUGUGAUGGUUUGCUUCAGAA